CUGCAGUGGCGGCGACUAGCCUUUGCGGGGCCCCCAGCUUCGUGUUCCGCCGCUCAGCUUCCCUGGGCGCUUCUUGCAGGUUGCCAUGGGCAAAGAAUUCCUCACCCAAUGGAAAGCCUGCUGGUGAUCUGUAUUCAUAUAGUUUCUAUGUAAAGCCCUUUUCCCCCCCUUCGAAUCUCUGCUUACUGUUGGUGUGGACUUUUAUCUCAUCUAGGUUGGAUUUUUGGUUUCAGUUUGAUCACCUGGGUUCCUGUGCCAAUUUCCACCUUGAAUUUUUGAGGGUCAGAACAUUGGGAAAACCCUAUAUGGCGUCUCAGAACUGACUUUCUAUAGUUAGGGAGGAAGACUAGAGCACAGGAAGGUGAAGUCAUUUUUCUCAGAGCCUUGAAGCAAGUUAGAGUCAAAGAAUGUCAUUCCACUCUGGACGAGGCAAUUCCCGUGGACGAGGAGGAUCUGGUGGAAGAGCUUCAACUCAAACUUUCCGGCCUCAGAAUUUGAGACAGCUUCAUCCUCAGCAGCCUACUGGGCAGUACCAGUAUGAACAACCAGUUGUUCCCCCAACCACUUUCACGAGUCCUCCAACUGCAAGCUACUUGCCACCCAGGCCUGAUUUUGUGCCCUACCCCCCACCUGUGCCUCCAACAGCACAGACUCCUGUUACCCAGUGUCCCCUCAGGCCCCCUCUCCCCAACCAUCAAGUGAGGCCAACUUUUCCAGUACCACCUUGUUUUCCUCCCGUUCCUCCUCCUGUGCCUACUCCUACUAACACUUCAGUACCUGGAACACCUGCUACACAAACUACUUUUCCCUAUAUGAUGCCACCUCCUUCCCUGCCGCCACCACCCCCAGUCAUACCACCACAAGUUAAUUACCCAUCAGUUUAUCCCACAACCUAUUCACAGCAGUCUUUCCCACCUCCUAAUUUUAGUAGUUACCAGAAUAACUCUAGUUCUUUUCAGACCAGCAGUAACAAUAACAACAGUAGCCAUUUUAGGCACCCAACUCAGUAUCAGGUAGAAAAGCCUUCGAGUGAAAGAAGGUCCCCAGAAAGGAGUAAGCAUUAUGAUGACCAUCGGCAUCGAGAACAUAGUCAUGGACAUGGCGACCGACAUCGGUCAGAUAGUCAUGGAGAUCGGCGAGAUAGAACCCGAAGUCCAGACAGGAGGAGACAAGAAAGUAGCCGCCAUAGAUCAGAUUAUGAUAGAGGAAGGACUCCACCUCGUCACCGGAGUUAUGAGCAUAGCAGAUCAAAUAUCUAUAAACACGAGAAAAACAAAAGUUUUAGAGGGAGAAAACAAGAGCGAGAACGGGACAGGGACAGGGACAGGCACAGGCACCGGGAAAGCCGAAGAUCCCCGUCUCCAGACAGAUCCUACAAAAAAGAGUACAAACGAACUAGCAGCCGAUCACCAAGUAGAGAGAAGAAGAGAACUCGAUGGGAAGAUGACAGAGAUCGAUGGCUUGACAACCAGAAUUCUGGCAAAGAAAAGAGCUAUACCUCAAUCAAGGACAAAGAGCCAGAGGAUAUCAUGCCUGACAAAAAUGAAGAAGAAGAAGAGGAUCUGCUUAAACCAGUCUGGAUUCGUUGUACUCAUUCAGAAAGCUACUAUUCUAAUGAUCCCAUGGAUCAAGUGGGAGAUUCUACCGUUGUUGGGACUAGUAGACUUCGAGAUUUAUAUGAAAAGUUUGAAGAAGAAUUGGGGAAGAGGCAAGCAAAAGCAAAAGCUGUGAGGCCCCCAUGGGAGCCACCCAAGACCAAACUCGAUGAGGAUUUAGACAGCUCCAGUGAAUCUGACUGUGAUUCUGAUGACGACAGCAGCUGCUCCAGCAGUUCAGACUCUGAUGUUUUUGAUGUAAUUGCUGAAAUCAAACGCAAAAAAGCCCACCCUGAUCGACUUCAUGAAGAACUCUGGUAUAAUGACCCGGGACAGAUGAAUGAUGGCCCUCUUUGUAAAUGCAGUGCUAAAGCAAGGCGCACAGGAAUCCGACACAGCAUCUACCCGGGUGAAGAGCCCAUCAAACCCUGUCGUCCUAUGACCAACAAUGCUGGCAGACUAUAUCAUUAUCGAAUUACAGUUUCGCCUCCUACAAACUUUUUAACUGAUAGACCAACUGUUAUAGAAUAUGAUGAUCAUGAAUAUAUUUUUGAAGGAUUUUCUAUGUUUGCACAUGCUCCUCUGACCAAUAUUCCCCUGUGUAAAGUAAUUAGAUUUAACAUAGACUACACAAUUCAUUUCAUUGAAGAGAUGAUGCCUGAGAAUUUUUGUGUGAAGGGCCUUGAGCUCUUUUCCUUGUACCUGUUCAGAGACAUUUUGGAGCUCUAUGAUUGGAAUCUUACAGGCCCUUCAUUUGAAAAUAAUAGUUCAUGCUGUCCAAGAUUUCAUUUCAUGCCACGUUUUGUAAGAUUUCUACCAGAUGGAGGAAAGGAAGUGCUAUCAAUGCACCAGAUUCUACUCUAUUUGUUGAGAUGUAACAAAGCUUUAGUGCCUGAAGAGGAGAUUGCAAAUAUGCUUCAGUGGGAAGAACUUGAAUGGCAGAAAUAUGCAGAGGAAUGCAAAGGGAUGAUUGUUAACAAUCCUGGCAUGAAACCUAGCUCAGUACGCAUUGAUCAACUGGAUCGGGAACAAUUCAACCCUGACGUGAUUACUUUUCCAAUUAUUGUCCACUUUGGGAUACGCCCUGCCCAGUUGAGUUAUGCAGGAGACCCUCAGUAUCAGAAGCUGUGGAAAAGCUACGUUAAGCUCCGCCACCUGUUGGCAAAUAGCCCCAAAGUCAAACAAGCUGACAAGCAAAAGUUGGCACAGAGAGAGGAAGCUCUGCAGAAAAUUCGACAGAAGAAUACAAUGAGAAGAGAGGUGACUGUGGAACUGAGUAGCCAAGGAUUCUGGAAAACUGGUAUCCGCUCUGAUGUUUGCCAGCAUGCAAUGAUGCUUCCAGUUUUGACUCAUCACAUUCGUUAUCACCAAUGCUUGAUGCAUCUUGACAAGUUGAUAGGAUAUACUUUCCAAGAUCGUUGUCUGCUACAGCUAGCAAUGACUCAUCCCAGUCAUCACCUAAACUUUGGAAUGAAUCCUGAUCAUGCUCGUAACUCUUUAUCCAAUUGUGGGAUACGUCAACCUAAAUAUGGAGACAGAAAAGUCCAUCACAUGCACAUGAGGAAAAAAGGAAUUAACACCUUAAUAAAUAUCAUGUCACGCCUUGGUCAAGAUGACCCUACUCCUUCCAGCCACAGACUGAACCCGAACUCCAGCAAGCCGUCUCACAAAUGUGUGCCCUUGAGUGCAAGGAAGAUCAGGAUUAACCACAAUGAACGUUUGGAAUUCCUGGGUGAUGCAGUUGUUGAAUUUCUAACUAGUGUCCAUCUGUACUACCUAUUUCCUAGCCUAGAAGAAGGAGGACUAGCAACUUAUCGUACUGCUAUUGUUCAGAAUCAACAUCUUGCUAUGCUAGCAAAGAAACUUGAACUGGAUCGAUUCAUGCUUUAUGCUCAUGGACCUGAUCUCUGUCGGGAAUCAGACCUUCGCCAUGCUAUGGCAAAUUGUUUUGAGGCCUUAAUAGGAGCUGUUUACUUAGAAGGAAGCCUUGAAGAAGCUAAGCAGUUGUUUGGGCGUUUACUUUUUAAUGACAAGGACCUCCGAGAAGUAUGGCUUAAUUAUCCACUACACCCACUCCAACUACAAGAGCCAAAUACUGAUCGACAACUUAUUGAAACCUCUCCAGUAUUACAGAAGCUUACAGAGUUUGAAGAAGCUAUUGGAGUCAUUUUUACACACGUUCGACUUUUGGCACGAGCAUUCACAUUGAGAACAGUGGGAUUUAAUCAUCUGACUUUAGGCCAUAAUCAGAGAAUGGAAUUUCUGGGUGACUCCAUAAUGCAGUUGGUAGCUACAGAAUAUUUAUUCAUUCAUUUUCCUGAUCAUCAUGAAGGUCAUUUAACGCUGUUACGCAGCUCUUUGGUGAACAACAGAACACAAGCAAAAGUAGCAGAAGAGUUGGGCAUGCAGGAAUAUGCCAUCACCAAUGACAAGACCAAGAGACCUGUGGCACUACGUACUAAGACCUUGGCUGAUCUUUUGGAAUCAUUUAUUGCUGCACUGUACAUUGAUAAGGAUCUGGAAUACGUUCACACUUUCAUGAAUGUGUGCUUCUUUCCAAGGUUAAAGGAGUUCAUUUUGAAUCAGGAUUGGAAUGAUCCUAAAUCCCAACUUCAGCAGUGCUGCCUGACCCUUAGAACAGAGGGAAAAGAGCCCGACAUUCCUCUCUAUAAGACUCUUCAGACCGUGGGACCAUCUCAUGCAAGAACUUACACUGUGGCUGUUUAUUUCAAAGGGGAAAGAAUAGGCUGUGGUAAAGGCCCAAGUAUUCAACAAGCAGAAAUGGGAGCUGCAAUGGAUGCACUUGAAAAAUAUAAUUUUCCUCAGAUGGCUCAUCAGAAGCGGUUCAUUGAACGGAAAUACAGACAAGAGUUAAAAGAAAUGAGAUGGGAAAGAGAACAUCAAGAGAAAGAACCAGAUGAGACUGAUGAAGUAGUGACACCAUACAUACAAGUGAAACGUGAAGAAUUAAGUCCCUGAACCAGAUAUUUGAUCUUCAGUAUGCCAGUCAACUUUACUUUUGAAAACAUCUGCUGGACACAGAAACCAUUUUUCUCUAAGCACUUUGUCUUCUGUAAAAAGAAGACUCUAAUAAUAGACUUAAAAAGAAAGGGGGAAAAGAUAUCUUGUAUGUUCCAUUGUCAUUGGAAUAGACAUUUGAGUCAUAGUCCAUACAUUCUUUGAAAGUUUGGUAGGAAAAAAGAGGUAGUAAAAACUAAGUUAAUAGUUUAAUUGAUGAAAAUGAUAAAGUGAAAAUAAUGUUUUUUAAGUUAACUUUAUUACUAUCUAAUAAAGGGGAAUUUAUUUAUAGACUCCCCUAAAAAGGAUUAUUCCAAGUCCCUAUUUACAAAAUAAAGAUCCCAUUUUUCUUGAUUUGCACUUUCAAAAGUGCAAAGUUAUAACCCAGUAGAAAAUGCAACAAACUUUUUAAAAUUUGGCCCUUAAUUCUGCAUAUUUGUCUUUAUACUUUUCAUAUUACAAAAAUCUUUGAAGAAAAUAUAUAGCAAAGUGCCUUCUAUAUUGUGGGAGGGGGUGGAAGUGGGUUAUUUUUUUAUAACAGUAUUGAAUUGAAUUCAUCAUAGGUUGUUUGAACUGGAAGGGCCUUAAAGAUCAUAUAGUCCAGUCACUUUAUUAUACAGAUGAUGAAUGAGUGGCAUGUGAUCACUCUCCAAGGACAGGAAAAGACACCUGAUCUCUAUUCAAUUCUUUGUAUCUAAAUUGAAUUAAAUUGAAUUGAAUUGAAUAAAAUUAUAGAAAUUGGAAUUAUCCUAUCCCUAACAUUUAUGAUGUUGAAGCAUAAGUUUAUCUAAUACUACCAGAUUCUUAAGUUAUAUUUGUUUUCACCUUAACAAAUUGUGUGUAUUGUCUAGGUUAUCUUCUACUUAAGUUCUAAUGUAAUGCCUCCUCAUUAAUUAGAGGUGGUCCUGAGUUUUUAAUAUGGUUAUACUGUUCAGAACACAGCCUCUGGCAGGUUCUACCAAGUUUUGAAGUCUUCAAGUAUGAGCUAGAUAGCAUACUCUUGAUCUGUUGCCUGAGCAUCAGCCUAGUCGAGUUCUAAAAAGCUCGUUGCCAGUAGACUGACCAUCAGGUAAUGCAUAUUUCUUUUUUUUUUUUCUUUUUUUUUCUUUUUGCCUUGUAGCAACUUAUGGGACCACCCAUUAAGUUAUGGAUGAGUUUUGAAAUUUGUCAGUGGAAGGUGCAUUCACACUGACAAAAUCACUCAUUCUGUAUUAUACUAGUAAGGGCUGAAAUGAAUGUCAGGAAUAUAUUGCCAGAUACCUAGGGAAUAGAGCAUAUGUGGGGCUGGAGAGGCCUCCACUAAUUCCCUCUGUAUCAUUGUUUCUUGAAAAUAAAACCAUCCUGUUAUGUGUCAAGGAAUAAUUCCUAGUUUCAUGUAGAACCAUGUUUUCUCUAGUCCUUGUCAUUUUUCUUCCUUGUACUAUUUGUGACCUUUUUCAGCUUUUGUCUCUAUAUUAUAUGCUCCUGAAAUCUGGAGAAGUAUAAAAGUUACAUAUCAGAAUCUUAAUGUGAAAAAAUUUAGCAUGAGAUGUUCUUGAUAAAUGUCGGAUGCACAAGAAAUGAAAGGAAUUGGUGCAAAUAUGUAAAGUUUGAAAGCUAUAACCCAAUAGCUGUGUGCUCAAGAGUUAUGAACAAGCAGUUUCCAAAAAAAAUAAAUAUAAACAUCAGCAGCCAUUUGAAAGAAUGCUUCAGAUUACUAAUAAUGAGAACAUUGAUUAAAACUUUUCUGAAACUUCUUAUCUUGCCAUUUAACAAAGAUAACAAUAGUAAUGCUAAAAAGAUUAUGUGGGGAAAAGCACCCUAAAGUAAUGGUACUGUAGUUGUGAAUCGGUCCAACAAGUCAUUCUGGAAAACAAUUUGGAACUGGGAUAGAAAAAAUCUCACUAUACUCUGCAUAAUUUUUGACCCAGUAAUCAUUAUUUUGAUACAGUCCAAGGAAGUAAAAAGCAAAAAGAAAAGAUCCCAGAUGCAUAAAUAAUGGUAUAGCUAUAGUUUUUGUGGGAGCAAAAAUAAUCAAAUCAAUCUGGGUACCCACAAAUUGGGGAAUGGCUGACAAAUUUUCUUAUAUAAAUGUAAUGAAAUAUUAUGUCGUCAUAAGAAAUUGCACAACCAACUUGGAAUGACUUUCUUGAACUGAUACAGAAUGAAGUUAGCAGAAGGAAAAGAAAACUUUGAUUAAUGACUAUAGUAAUAUAAAGGAAAACAACUUCAGCAGACACUGGAAGUCUGAUCAGUGCAAUGCAGAAUACUGCCUGUGAAACAUACCUCCUCCAAGGAUGUUAUAAACCCUAUGUACAAAGUAAGACCUGUAUUGUCAGAUAUGGCUGAUGUGUCAUUUUGUUUUGUUUAACUAUGCUUAUUUGUUACAAUGGGAGUGGUAAUUUGGGGCAGGGGAGGGAUUAUUGAGAAGUGACAGCAAUGUAAAAACUAUCAAUAAAGCAUAUAUUUAAAAACAA